AUCAUCUUGGCAGUGCAGUCUUUGACGGCCGAGCAGCUGUGAGAGGAGGAGGAGGCUUAGCGUCAUGACUAGAAGGAGGCUUUGUCGAAGAGAGGACGGUCAGAAAAUGCAGUCCAUCAGCUGUUUCGGACACCAGCUCAGGCGUACAAAGCGCGUGGGGUCUCAGACACGGAAUUCGAUCGUUUAGUCACCGAGUUGAUAUCUUUGAAUCCCUUAUUUUUAUGUGCCAAACCGCGCCGGAGGAGAGGAGUGCUGUAUUUAUCUGUCUGUUGUGGACACUCCAUCAACAGAACUAGCCCAGACAUGGGUAGUGUGAAUGUGGUUUUCUGGGACCAGUUGCAGGCUGGCAGCUCCGAAGUGGACUGGUGUGAAGGCAAUUACCUUAUUUACCCCGGCAUCGCAGAAUUUUACAACACGAUCAGCAACAUACUGUUUUUCGUUUUGCCGCCGAUCUUGAUGUGCUUGUUCCGCCAAUACGCCACGCAUUUCAACAGUGGGAUCUACCUCAUCUGGAUCCUACUGGUCGUUGUCGGAAUAGGAUCCACUUAUUUCCACGCCACCCUCAGCUUCCUCGGUCAGAUGCUGGACGAGCUGGCCAUUUUAUGGGUGCUCAUGUGUGCCAUCGCCAUGUGGUUUCCUAAAAGAUACCUGCCAAGGAUCUUCAGGAGAGAUCGGUCCCGCUUCAAAUUGGUCAUUGGUAUCUUGUCGGGAAUCACUACCGGGCUGGCCUUCGUGAAACCCGUCAUCAACUCUCUGUCGCUGAUGACUCUGGGCAUCCCCUGCACGGUGCUGCUCAUAUCAGAGCUGAAAAGGUGUGAAAACCCACGUGUGUUCAAGCUGGGCUUGAUCUCGGGGACCUGGUGGGCACUGGCUCUACUCUGCUGGAUCAGCGACAGGAUAUUCUGUGAAAUGUGGUCAUCUGUUAACUUCCCCUAUUUGCACUGCGCCUGGCACAUCCUCAUUUGCCUGGCGUCUUACUUGGGUUGCGUUUGUUUCGCAUACUUUGAUGUUGCCACAGAAGCACCGGAGCGAGGCCCCGUCAUCAUGUUCUGGCCAAAUGAGAAGUGGGCUUUCAUCGGCGUGCCAUACGUUUCCUUCCUCUGCGUCCAUAAGAAGCCAGUCGUCAAGGUCACCUAAAAUCGGCCAGGGUUGGACUUUUUUGACCACUUCAACAGCAGCGAGACACCAAAGCACCUGUUGGAGCCGUGCGUCCUCCACUGCUGCUUUCAUGGUUUCAGGACAUCUACGAUGGUCCACUGUCAGCUAAACAUGAAAAGAUCCCUGCCCUCAUCUGGGCUUGUGUCAUAUUGGUCUGAAAUGAAGCACCAAGUCUGUUACAUUUAUUAACUAUAUAACAGGGUUGCACUUUAAAAUGGUGUCAAAGGUUAAAAAACUCCUUUACAGUGUUAUUCACCAGCUCUCAGGCUUUACAUGAGAAAUCAUGGAAUCUCUAUUGAGUAUUCCUGUUAUGCAUUUACUCCUUUGUGAAGCACAGAUUUAGCACACUUUGUGAUCACCAGAAAUGUUCAGUACAAGCUUUAAAAUAUCAGCACCUCAUUGAUCCAGUUUUGUUUAAAUCCCCAAAACUGGUGCACUGGAAUCAUUUCUUGUAUUUGAGGCUUGACUCACUAUUAAGCCAAUUAUGCAAAUCUGUGAAUUUAUAGAUUUAUUUCGAUGUUCCUCCAAAGCCUUAAGAUCACAUGCAACUGCCCUUAACGAUAGCAUUUUUUGUCUUUCUUUCUUCCGUUGAAGAUGUACUUUCAGCAACUGUGAUUAUUGAAUGUGAGAAAACAUGCUUUAAUAUAUUUCAGUGUAUAUUUUUAGCAACAUAAUACUUUCUGAACACAGAAAUGUUUUCCUUUUUUUUUCUAAAUGAUGUGGUACUUUGUGGUUGAUGCCUAAAAUGAACCUUUAGAAAUGUAAUUUUUUUAUAAACAUGUAAAAUACAUUACUUUGAUUAGUACAAAGCCUUUAUUCCUUUAUCUGUCUUAGUUAUUUUAUUUUUAUUUCUUUUUUAUUACCGGUAAUUCUUCAGUUUAUGAAUAAAUAUUCAAAAGUCUUCACCAAACAAUAUAAGAAGGGACUGCAUAAAUUUUAUAAACUUACAUUUUUUUUAUUAAUUGCUUUACAUUCAACAAAGCAAGUCUAACACCUGCUCAUUGAUGAAAGUCAUAGGUAUAUGAACCAGCUGAGGAACUAAUGGGUAGUUAGUGCAACAAACACGUUAGAAUUUAGAUGAUUUCAUGUCCAAUGCCUUUGCAUUAUGUGUCAUAGCAUGUCAACCUGUUUAGAAUAUCUUUGUAAUCAAAACAAAUAUUUCUUGUGAGACGUGAAUCAAUGUGACUUUAAAGGCUUUGGUAUAGAAAAGCUUUUUCCCUAACAUUGUGUUGACAUUGGGCCUCAGGUAUUAUAUUUCCUAACAUCUAUUUCUCUAGCAAUGUUGAAAGUACUCAUGAUUUGCACAGAAAUAUUUAUUUUUCAUAAGUUAGGCUCUUUUGUAUACAGAUAUUUGUAAAAGUAUGGACGUUUUGAUAUUAUAUUUUGUUCAAUAAAUGUAUCCAAUAGCAAA